AUGGCAUCACACGACUCGGAAGAGAGUCGUCUUCAGGCCCUGAAUGUCACUGUCCGCAACCAAGAUGAUCUCGAAAGGGACAUCACGCGGAAGGCCGAUCAACUCCUUGCCGAGAAAGCAGAAGAGAACGAAACAAAACGUCUAGAGAAGGCCCUGGUGGAACGAGAGAAGGUUAUCAACCAGAUCCGCAACACCGAAAAUCAACUUGCCCACCACGCACCGGCCGCAGCGCAACGCCGCCUGCGAGGCGAACUUGACCGUUUGAAGAAUCGCCGGAUUGAGCUCGCCAAAGAUGUGCGCGAUAUCCAAAAUCGUAUCGAUGGAAAGAGACAGGCGCAACAAGAUGUCUCUUCAAGUCAUGGCCCAGGGCGCCUCCCGAAUGAGUCACGACGGGAUUAUCUACUUCGUACUGGAAAGAUCACUCCAUUUGAACUGGCUACGGCGGGCGACCCUACCGGGGCCGAGGCUCCCUUGCGUGAUGCUCUGGUGGAUGUUGAAGAUGAACAAAUGGAGAAAGAGGAGCGCGAUCGAGCGCGCCAUGAUGCCCCUCACCGGAACUUGGCUCGGCCAACCUUCGGAUUCGAUGAAGAAAGCGAGGACAGUGGCGCUGAGAGUGGCGCAAAGCGUCGAAAAAUCACAGAGAGCUCCACACACACCAAAAAAGGAAAGAGCGCUCGAACUCGUACCUCCAGCUCUCCGAGUGCUUCAUCUGAAGCGAGCUAUGUGGCGUCAGAAGAUGGAGUGCCUUCUUCAGAGGAAGAAUACAUGCCGGAUGUCAUCCCGGAGAUUGAGUCCACGGCAUCAAAGCGCAAGCGCGGCAAAAUGCCCAAAACAAAUGCCCAGUUGGAGGACCUCGGGGCCGUUGAUGAUGGCGAUGAAUCUGUUUAUCAAGAGCGCUUAGAAAGUUGGGUCAAUGGCCGAAGCUCUGCUCGUCGUCGCGAACAGCCUGACUAUGUAGAUCAUGAGGACGAUGAAGAAUGGCACAAGCCGCAUCCCAAAUGGCCUAGCAUGGAGCUGCCGAAUGGCCUAUCGAUUCCCGGCGACAUUGCUCAUUUCCUCUUCCCAUACCAGCGAACCGGGGUCCAGUGGCUCUGGGAGCUUCACCAGCAGUCUGUUGGGGGGAUCAUCGGUGACGAGAUGGGGCUAGGGAAAACCGUCCAGGCGAUCGCCUAUCUGGCAUCGCUGCAUCAUAGCAAGAUGCUUGACAAGCCGGUCAUUGUCGUCUGCCCCGCUACUCUCAUGGUUCAAUGGGUGACCGAGUUCCAUAACUGGUGGCCCUCACUUCGGGUAUCGAUCUUGCAUUCCUCUGGCAGUGGCAUGUUGAAUUUGAAGAAAGAAAGCAGCCGAGAGGAUCAGCUGACCUCAGAGAUGAUGAGCGGCCGUACCCCUCGCUUUACGUCCGCUGGUCAGAAAGCUGCAAAACAGAUCAUCAAGCGAGUGGUGGAAGGAGGCCAUGUUUUGGUCACGACUUACUCAGGGCUACAAUCAUACUCUGACGCGCUGGUCGACGUAGAAUGGGGCUGUGCUAUUCUCGACGAAGGCCAUAAAAUUCGCAAUCCAGAUGCUGCCAUUACAUUCAGCUGCAAGGAACUACGUACACCGCACCGAAUCAUUCUGUCUGGCACGCCCAUUCAGAACAGCUUGGUCGACCUCUGGUCCCUCUUUGAUUUCGUUUUCCCGAUGCGCCUGGGGAACCUGAUCACUUUCAAGACCCAAUUCGAAAUCCCCAUCCGCCAAGGCGGCUAUGCAGCUGCCUCAAAUUUGCAAGUCCAGACCGCGGCUAGAUGUGCCGAGACAUUGAAAGAUGCGAUCAAGCCCUACUUGCUCCAGCGAUUCAAGGCUGAUGUUGCGGCCGACCUUCCACAAAAGAGUGAGCAGGUCAUCUUCUGCCAGCUGACGCAAUGGCAGAGGACCAUCUAUAAACGCUUCCUCAGCUCCGAUGACAUGAAGUCCAUUUUCAAGGGGACAAGGAAGUCCUUUUCGGGGAUUGACAUGUUGCGCAAAAUUUGCAAUCACCCAGACCUCGCGGACCGUGAGAUCAGAUCCCGUGAAGAGGGAUAUGGCGACCCCAACAGAUCCGGAAAGAUGCAAGUACUGAAGGGUCUCCUGGAAGUCUGGAAAGAUACCGGUCAUAAGACCUUACUUUUCGCCCAGACAGUCCAGAUGUUGGACAUCCUCGAGAAGUUUGUCGAGUCGCUGGGGGGCUUUUCUUGGCGUCGUAUGGACGGUGCGACGCCAAUCAACAAACGACAGAGGCUUGUCAAUGAGUUCAACAGCGACCCCGACAUCCAUGUCUUCCUCCUCACCACGAAAGUGGGCGGCAUCGGGGUCAAUCUGACCGGCGCAGACCGGGUGGUCAUUUAUGAUCCGGAUUGGAACCCCUCGACUGACAUGCAGGCUCGAGAGCGUGCGUGGCGUCUGGGCCAGACACGCGAUGUGACUAUCUUCCGCCUCAUGAUGAAAGGGACCAUUGAGGAAAAGAUAUAUCACCGUCAAAUCUUCAAGCAGUUCCUGACCAACAAGAUCACAAAAGAUCCCCAUCAGCGCGAAAGCUUCCAUCUCAGCGACCUCUAUGAUCUAUUCUCGUUGACAGAUGAAAAUGACAAAGAGCUAGAGACGACGAAGCUCUUCGCGGAUGCCGAAGUCACUUACGAAGCAGACCAAGGCCAUCAGUCGGAGGAUCUCAACAAGGUCCAAGGGGUGGCCAAAGUUGAGGACUUCCGCACUGAUGAGGCCAACGGCGGAGGCGAGAGCAGUGGUUCUGAUGGACACGGAGCAGCGAAGCCGAGUGAGGACCGUCUGAUGCAUAGCAUCUUUUCCCGCUCCGGUGUCCAUGCCGCUGUGGAACACGACCGGAUCAUCAACGGGAAACGCGUCGUCCGCGCAGACCAGAAGAUGAUUGAGGACGCAGCUCGCCGCGUCGCAAACGAAGCAGCCGAAGAGCUGCGUCGGGCUGAAGAAACGGCACGAUCUCUGCCAAUUGGCAUUCCCACGUGGACUGGCCAGUUCGGAGUCGGUGGCCGUGGGGCACCUGCUGGAAGCACCUUCAAGCUCUUCGAGCGCGACUCCCGCUCGCAUGCCCGGGGCAAGGAGUUCGUUCCGUUGAUUCGGGAGUUCUUCCUGUCCCGCCGCCAGCCGGUUCCUACCCAGGUAAUCAUUGAUCAUUUCAAUCAUUACUGCGGGAAGAAGGAGCGUGCGGAUGAGUUCCAGCGGUUUCUCAAAGAAAUUGCGGAGCUCAAGCGGGAUCGCCGUGGUCGUGGCGUGUGGACUUUGCGGCCUGAAGCCGGGGGGAAGAAGGAGAGCUCUGCCAAGAAAAGCGCCUAG